AUGAGCAUUGGUAUACCAGUCAAGAUUUUACACGAAGCUGAUGGACAUAUUGUUACAGUCGAAUUAAAAAAUGGCGAACUUUAUAGAGGAACUUUAAUUGAAAGUGAAGAUAAUAUGAAUUGCAGAAUGAAGAAUAUUACAGUCACAGCAAAAGAUGGAAGAAACUCUCAAAUGGAAUAUUGUUAUGUUAGAGGUAGUAAAGUUCGUUUUAUUAUCCUCCCAGAUAUCUUAAAAAAUGCACCAAUGUUCAAGAGAAUUGACGGUAGAGUUGUACUCAAAGGUAAAGCUUUAGGUAUAAGUAAAGGCGCUGCAUUUGGUGGUGGUGGCGGUGGCGGCGGCGGUGGUGGUAGAGGUGGCAGAGGUGGCGGUAGAGGCGGUGGUGGUGGUGGUAGAGGUGGCAGUAGAGGCGGCCACAUGAACUCUUUCCAACAAAGAAGAGGUCCACAAUAA